CCCGAUUGGGAGUCCGCCGGAGCUUGGUCAACGGCUCGACGACAGCUCUGCCACGAGGUCACCGCCAGGUCACCGCCCCACGCGACACCGCUGCAUCGCCGCCGCCGCCGUCCAUCUCGACACCUCGCCGCCGACUCGCUGCCGUCUGAGCACCGUCGCGCGCCAUGAGCUCCGACCCGCACACCGGCGCAUCGUCGCUCGGCGCCGCCCAGCCCAACAGUGACGGCUCGCACACCAUCGUCCCGUCGACGUCGUCCACCGCCGAGGGCAAGCAGCCCCGUCUGGACGUCCCCUCCGACGCACACGCACCCUCGGGCACCGGGCUGAGCGGCGUCACUGCCGCCGACGCCGAGAGCGUCGGGAAGGGCUCGAAGCACUCGAAGCGCAGCUUCAUGGGCAAGCGCCGCGCCGGCAGCACCGCCAGCAGCAAGCGCUCCGGCCAGCCCACCAACCACCCCGACAAGACGGCCCAGGCCCCGCCGCUGCCCGCCACGCCCGCCGCCCACCGUGAGGGCUCGACAAGAAGCAAGGCCAGGAAGACCGGCGGGCUGCUCUCCUGCCUGCCCUGCUUUGCGCCGAAGGACAUCCGCGACGAGGGUACACCCCUGGAGAACGUCAAGCGGGCCGAAAAGAUCCCGGAGGGCCGCACCUCACAGUCCACUCCCGUCAAGAAGCAGUACCCGGUUGCCGUAGCUGAGUCCAGCGCCGCCGAAUCCAAGGACCCCGUCGACGAAAAGGCCCCCGCCGAGACGUUCAGCCCUGGUGCCGUCGAAAAAUCCAGGUCUGGCGGCGACGGCACCGUCGAGCCCGUGCGCCCGUCCCAUGACAGCCCCCCUCAGAUUGUGACGAGAAGCUCGUCUAAGCGACAGCAAGCCUCGGACCCCGUCCAUGCCCCGGCCGUCGUCCAGCCUGGCCUCCUGCAGACUGACCACCCUGCGAUCAACGUACAGACCCCGACUCCUGGCACUACGCCCGUUGUGGGCAGGCCCUCGGAAGACCAGCAGCGGAUCAUCGAGGACCAGACUGCGGAGCAGAAAGCGCUGGAUGCCGACAUCGAGAUGAAAGACGUCCCUUUGUCGAGUAACGAUGUGCACCACGAGGGCGAGGACCCGAUCGCGGCCGCUGCCGCCGAGGCCAAGGUUGAUCUUCCUCCCCCGCCGCCGCUUGAGCAGAGGCAGGACGCUAUCCAGAAGCAGACUUCGGAGAUGUCUGAGGCCUCGGAGCCGCAGAAGUACCUCCUCGGUCCCAUCGAGCCCAGGUUCACAGGCAAGAAGUGCUUAGUUCUUGACCUCGACGAGACUCUGGUCCACAGCAGCUUUAAGAUACUGCAUCAGGCCGACUUCACCAUCCCGGUUGAGAUCGAGGGUCAGUACCACAACGUGUACGUUAUCAAGCGUCCAGGUGUCGAUCAAUUUAUGAAGAGGGUCGGCGAGCUGUACGAGGUUGUGGUCUUCACUGCGUCCGUCUCAAAGUACGGUGACCCGCUCCUCGAUCAGCUCGACAUUCACGGCGUCGUACAUCACAGACUAUUCCGCGAAAGCUGCUACAAUCACCAAGGCAACUAUGUCAAGGAUCUCUCGCAAAUCGGUCGCGACCUGAAGGACACUAUCAUUAUCGACAACUCGCCCACAUCGUACAUUUUCCACCCGCAACACGCCGUCCCGAUCAGCAGCUGGUUCUCUGACGCCCACGAUAACGAACUCCUCGACCUGAUACCCGUACUCGAAGACCUUGCUGGCAGCCAAGUCAGCGACGUCAGUUUGGUGCUCGAUGUUGCUUUGUAGGCGGAGACGAGAAAUACCCCUUGCGCAUACCCUGUUUUAUCGCCUGACAUAAUCUUUCCGGAGUCUUCGAUUCGGAGCUUGUACUUUGUAAUCAGUCUUGUAAUCUGCACGAGACAUGCAAAGUGGACAGCCUUGGGAUGGGCAGUCAAUCGCCUUGCCUACGCUGCAUCGCUACGCUUGUC